ACUCCCCGGGUCCGACGCACUCCGGUCCACUGCAACAGGAGCGAGAUUUAAUUAGGAAAAGUGAUUUAUAGAAAGCUGCAGAGACAGAGAGCGAGAGAGAGAGAGAGAGAGAGAGAGAGAUCUACAAGGAGAAAAAGGAAAACAAAACAAGAAAAAAUAACAAGAGUGAGCCUGGACAGAGCUCAUAAGGGCACAUCUGAGAACGUCUUUCUUUCUUUCUUUCUUUCUUUCUUUCUUUCUUUCUUCCCCUGUUUCACGGUCAUGGUGCCGGCUGCGCCCUCUGGACUGUACCUGCGGUGAUGGGCCGGCCCGGGAGAUGAGCGGCGGGCGGUGAGGGGGUGCCGGGGGCGCCAGAGGAGGUCUGCGCGCUUAGGCCACACGGUGAGAUAAGGCAGAGACCCCCUCAUGUGUCAGGCCUCCUCUGUGUUCUGGUCCCCACUGACCCCCAUCCUCCCAGCAUCAGUGGCAUGUCCCAGGUGUGUCUCCUCUUGGCCUUGCUUAUGCUCUGCAGCUGCACAAAGGUCUCCUCUACAAACUCCCUGGAGCUUGUGAAGGAGCAGUGGAGCAGCUACAAAAACCAGUGCCUGGACUACCUCAACGCCACGCCCCCCACCACAGGGCUGGUGUGUAACAGGACCUUCGACCUGUACGCCUGCUGGCCCGAUGGACUCCCAGGAACCACUGUCAAUGUGUCCUGCCCAUGGUUCCUGCCAUGGCACCAUAAAGUUCAGCAGGGUCUGGUCUACAGAGUCUGCAACGAAGACGGUCAGUGGGCAAAAAAGAAUACCAGCGAAUGUGAGGACGACCCUGGUGAGCAGCAGUAUGGCCGCAUCCUCAGUCAGUUGCGGAUUAUGUAUACAGUGGGCUACUCGCUGUCCCUGGGAGCUCUGCUGCUGGCCCUAGGAAUCCUCAUCACCUUCAGGAAGCUCCACUGCAUGAGGAACAACAUCCACAUGAACCUGUUCGCCUCCUUCAUCCUGAGAGCCGUGUCCAUCCUGGUGAAAGACGCCCUGCUGAGCCUCACGCUCGACCCCAGGGGCAGCAGUGACGCCCAGACACAAGCUUGGGUCAGCAUACCGGCCGUGACGUGGUGCCGCGGUGCCAUGGUGAUGAUGCAGUACAGUGUGAUGGCCAACAACUAUUGGCUGCUGGUGGAGGGCAUCUACCUGCACAGCCUGCUGGUCAUCACCGUGUUCAGCGAGAGGAAGUAUUUCUACAUUUACCUGGCCAUUGGCUGGGGUGCGCCACUCAUAUUCGUGUUGCCGUGGAUCACAGUGAAAUAUCUGUAUGAGGACGAGGAGUGCUGGGAGAGGAAUAUUAACAUGGGGUACUGGUGGAUCAUCCGUUCUCCCAUACUGUUCGCCUAUCUGAUUAACUUCUUCAUAUUCAUCCGAAUUAUCAAAAUCCUGAUGUCGAAACUCAGAGCUCAUCAGAUGCGAUACACUGACUACAAGUUCAGAUUAGCAAAGUCCACUCUGACUCUCAUCCCCCUGCUUGGGAUUCACGCCAUCCUCUUCACCUUCGUCAUCGACGAGUCCGUCCCUAAAGGCUCCAUGCUGCGCCUCAUCCGCCUCUUCUGUGACCUGCUGUUCAACUCUUUCCAGGGCCUGCUGGUUGCCAUCCUGUACUGCUUUGUCAACAAAGAGGUGCAGUCGGAGAUGCUGAAAAAGUGGAAGAGGUGGAAGCUGGGUAAGGACAUUGAUGAGGAGUACCGUCACACCCACAGCCACACGCCGCACAUCAAAAGCGGCAGCAUCGCCACCGGCAAUCUGCCCUAUCUCCAUGACAACAACGGCAGUGACCCCAGCGGUGACUCGCCUCGCCUCAACAAAGCUGACAGAGGGCCCUCGUGCUCCGCCGCACCUGAGGAGAACCGCCGACUGGUCGUCUCCUACAGCAACGGGACAGGGAAAGGCAAGGCGGCCAAGAGCAGACACACCCUGCAGUUCUCUUUCCUGCCACGCAGAGGCGCCGCCAGUCACGUGAGCACUGCCACAGAGGACGUGUGUCUGGAGGAGAGGGCGCGAUGCCACACAUACCCUCUGGAAGGAGAGGAGACUAACGUCUGAGGACAACCUGCGCUGAGCCCUCGUCACGAAAACACACACUGAUCACUCGCCAACAACGCAGAUCAGGAAGUUCACACUGCAAAGUGAUGCUACAGUUUCAACCCGACCAGCUGGGCCUUGAGCGAAAAAGCACCUAUUCACUUCAGACAUCAGGAAUGAUUAAAUCAAUUAAAGUGACAGUCUGGUGGUGUCCAGUGUGUAGACAUGUGGUUGUACCUAUGUGUGUGUGUGUGUGCGUGCGUGUGCAUAUGGAGGACUGCCAUUUUGACACCGACCCUGCUCACAUCUUUCCAUCUGUGCUGCUGUUGCCGCUGUGAGUCAUGCUUGUGUUGUGUCUGUUUGCAGCGAUGGCCGCUCAUCUGUGGUACUCUCCUACAAGAACGUCUCAGUGUCAAAUUUAGUUAGUUUUUUGUUUCUAUUCUGGUUUUAUGAAAGCAAAUGUGGACUUCAGCGUGUAUGGCUCUAGACGUCUUCACCAUGGAGAUCAGGAUGAAGGCGGAACAGAGAUUCGCCGGAGACCACUGACUCAUUUCACACAGUGUAUGUCCUGCUGAGGCUGAGGACUGAUGCUUUGAUCUUCAGAGAGGCUACACUAUAAUGUAUAAGCUAUACUAGAUUUUAAAUGAAAAUAAUGAUACACCACGAUGCAUUUUACAUCUGGGUAAACAGGCACUAAACCCAUUCUUACAUGCACAUUCCCGUCCUCCCUUUUUGUCCAUACUAACUCCAUCCUUUGCCUUUUUUAAACAGAUUUUCCUGACUGAAUGUAUAUGAACAUGGAGAAAUAUGGGUGAGACAAUAUUUAAGUGUAUAAACGUGAAUGACAAUACAUACUCUGUCCACAGCACCUUUUUCCAGUGAGGAGACUUGAUUUAAACUCUUGAUUUGUCCUCAUGCAGCCUCGGACCAAAAAUUCAUACAUGAUGCACUCAGAUUGGAGCCAACGAGGCUUUUUCACAAAGGGAUUCCUAGUGAACCUUUUCAGCAAAGAUGAUGAAAACAAAUAAACGUGUUUGAAGUGGAAGAGGGAGCACUGUACACUGUAAAUAUUGAUAAGAGCGAAUACUAGAAAGAGGGCGGUUGGACAGAUGUGUUGUUGUUCUGUGUUUUAGCGGGCAGUUCAUGACUCAUUGAUCUGAGAAAAGACUUGUUUCACUAAACAUGGUUGUACAUGUUUCAUUUUAAACGUUUCAAGGAGGGACACGAAGCAAACGAUGACAUGAGAGAGAGAGAGAGAGCAAAAAGGUUUAUACAAAAGCCAAAUUAUUGUGUCUCAUAUGUUUCUGUGGAUCCAAUUAAACUAAAUCUGUCAGCAAAAAAAGUGUCAGUAUAUACUGUGUCAGUCCAUCAUAUGAGAGGGAGAGACGUUCGUGUUAGAGAUGGCUGUCAUUCCUCCACAGCUACAUGCACAUUGUUGACACAUUGACGUUAAAGCAAAAAUGGUACUUAGCUGACAUCAGUGCAGAAAUGUUCCCGA